AUGUUAACUCACGGAGAUGGAAUACUUCCACCUUCAAAUACUCCUUCCAGCAAAAUUGCACGUAGUAUUAUUGGAGGCACUCCACCUCCUAAUAAAACAAGUGAAAGCGAUUUAUCAGAAGGUAUUAGAAAGGAGAAAAUUGGGGUUAGCAAUAAAGAAUUGAAAGAAAAUGGUGGAGGAGGAGAGGAGAAAAUUCAUCAAUCUAAACAAGAAGAUAAAUCAAAAACUAAUAGUUAUGUUGAUUGGCGCACAGCAGAACGUAUAGGUGGUAAAAUAUCUGCAGAUCUUGCAAAUGAGAGUAGUGCAAAUAAUAGUGGGAGGGGGUCAAGAAGUUCGGGAUUACAGGAACUUGGCUCUGAAAUUGGUGGGCACUCUACCACUUCCCUCGCCGGACUAGAUACAGCAAUAUCACAUCAUCACAACGCAGCUUCACUUACCAGAUUUGAUACAGACCAUCGGGAUUUCGAUCAGCGUUUGGCACAAGUUAUUCAUACAGCAGAUGGUUCAUUUGCCAAAGGGUUUUGGAUGCAUCAAGAGUCAUUAAACCGAUGGACUCUAAAUUUUAACCAAAGAGACAUUGAAGCUGAAUAUCGUGCCCAUUUUGCGGCUGGUGACUCUUCUGAGAAGCACUCUAGUGCGCGUAAUGCAGCUACGGGCAUUGAGAAGCAUAGACAAUUAUCCACACAAUUACAAAAUAUUGGGGGUGGUGGACAUAGUGUUACAGCAGCACUUUCCCAACAACUUCGUCAAAACAAAAAUAUCAACAACAAAAAUACAACAACAAAACCCCAACAACAACAACAAUUAUUAAUUAAUAUUCCCCACCGUCACCGCCCCCGUUAUCGAUAUUCUGGUGUUUUUAUUGAUAUUUUUGUUUCCGCAUUUUCUUUUGUUGUGUGUGCAAUUCUAUUUUUGGUACAGCCUGGAAUUGAAUUAUUCCCUCCUUUUUUGGUUUAUAUCUCGGUGGCAGCGAUAUUCUUAACUGUAUGUAAUAAUUCUGAUUUUUUUUUCUGUUGUUUGUUUACUGUGUGUUUUCUUAUGUUAUUAUCUAUUUUGUGUUUUCUAUUUUGUGUUUUUCUAUAUUCUAUUUUGUGUUUUCUUGUGUUUUCAAUGAUAAUUCUGAUUUUUUUAUUUUAUAAUUCUGAUUUAGUGUUUCUAUUAGUUCGUCCUGAAUUCCUAUGUAUUUUUUACAAUUUAAUCAUUCAAUUAAUUAAAUGUAUUUUAGCUGUAAUUAUACUUGUCGGUUUACCUUUACUCAGUCGGAGGCCAAUCCUUCCAUGGCUUCAUCAGUGGGGUCCGAGACAUGUUUUGGGUGCAUUAUUAAUUGCUUUGCCUGUCGGCGUUGCUUUAUUUAAUAUUCCUCUAUGUUUGGAUAAAAUAAUUUAUUAUUAUCCACCUCCAAAAGCUCCAAUUAUUUGUAUUCAUCCUGGUCAAUUAGUUCUUCGUUUACUUUAUUCUUAUGUUUUAUUAUUGGCUUUAUACACUCAUUGCAAUUUUAGUCAACUCGGUGCCUGGCCAAAGACAGGGCAAGCAUUGGCUGUUGCACUUGUAUUUUUGUUAAGCACCUGGUUUUGUCAACACCAAUUAGACUUUAUUCGCUCCCUCGGAGCAGAUUCUACAUCAUUAUCCCCCUUCCAUUCAUUAAUCGAAGCCUCCAAAAAUUCAAAUUCCUCUUCCUCAAUAUAUUUCCAUGACAGUAUUCAACCCCAUCCGUUGCCUUGCAAUACUUCCCAACAACCUGUUUGGUCUGCUGGAAAUUUUGGAUCUCCUUUAUUUUUGUGGGAAUUGGUUUUGGAUGUUGUUUUGGCUGUUGUUUUAGUUGCUUUUCUUAAUUAUCAGGCAAAAUAAUUUUUUCCUAUUACAUUUAUAAUCUGGAAAGGCGAUAGAAUAAAAUAGCGAUAAAGGUUAAAAAAAGGUAAAUAACAGGCACGGGGGUAAAUAACAGGCACGAAAAUUAAGUAUAUAUCUAUGU